AUGGCGUCGACAACACAAACAGGCGAAAAGAAGAAGCAGCCCAGUCCCUUGCGAUCCAUCAUCGCUGGAUCGACUGCCGGCGCCAUUGAGAUUGCUAUUACCUACCCCGCUGAGUUUGCAAAGACAAGGUCGCAGUUGAACCGGCGGUUAGCUGAAGGACAGAAGCUCCCUUGGCCGCCUUUCGGCAAGCAGUGGUAUGCUGGAUGCACCACUCUCAUCAUUGGCAACGCAGCCAAGGCUGGAAUCCGAUUCGUUGCGUUUGAUCAGUACAAGGCGCUUCUUGUCGACGAGAAUGGCAAUCUUUCUGGGCCUCGUACUGUCCUUGCUGGUUUCGGUGCCGGAGUCACAGAGUCAUUGCUUGCUGUGACUCCCACUGAGAGUAUCAAGACCACUCUUAUCGACGACCGCAAGUCCGCUAAGCCUCGAAUGCGCGGCUUCCUGCACGCCGUCCCCAUCAUCGCCCGUGAACGUGGUCUCCGGGGUUUCUUCCAAGGAUUCGUCCCCACGACCGCUCGACAAGCUGCCAACAGCGCAACACGCUUCACCGCCUAUAACUUCUUCAAGCAAAUGGCCGAGUCAUACACAGCACCUGGUGAGAAGCUCGGUGCUGUUGGGACUUUUGCAAUUGGUGGUUUGGCUGGUUUGAUCACUGUAUAUGUAACGCAACCGCUCGAUACUAUCAAGACACGCAUGCAGAGUAUCGAGGCGAAAAAGACAUAUGGCAACAGCUUCAAGUGCGCGACGACCAUCUUCAAGCAGGAGGGUGUUCUGACGUUCUGGAGCGGCGCGCUGCCACGAUUGGCGAGGCUGGUGGUUUCUGGAGGAUUGGUGUUUACUGCCUAUGAGCAGAUCCAAGUGUGGUUUAACAAGAUAGAUCCGGAUGAGAAGUACAUCUAG